ACAGCUCCUUGCACAGCCAACCACUUGAAGGAGAAGGAAUUCUUCAACCCCUUGUUUCAAAAGACCUUGGACUAUUUUCUGCUGUUCAGCUCCCUUCGCUCACCCAUUUCGGUGAACAAAAGAUCCUAAGAGGAGGAUGAGACAGCUAAGAGGAAAACCCAAAAAAGAGACCUCCAAAGAUAAAAAGGAGAGAAAACAGGCGAUGCAAGAGGCCCGGCAACAAAUCACCACAGUCGUGCUCCCCACGCUGGCUGUUGUAGUUCUGCUGAUUGUUGUGUUUGUUUAUGUAGCGACUCGUCCAAAUACAACUGAAUGAUGCAACUUUUCAGACUUUCUAGCUUUGGGGUAGUAAUAAUUUUACCAAGAGCCAAAAGGAACUCUCUGCCACUCUCUUAGUACUUUACAGAGGAACUUGCUGGUAUUUUCAGUCUUUCUCGUGGUUGGGGCCCCGCAGAUUCUCUGUAGGAAUGUAACAUAAAACGUAUUAGUGAACGUGCCAGUACGUUUUAUGCUCCAGUUCAUGUGCCUUUCAGACUUUUAAAAUGGUGUUUUUCUUAAAUCUGUUUGAAGCUCUAUAUUGUAAAAGGAAGUCGUGUUCUGCUAUAAAUUUGUAAAAAAUCAGCUUUCAGCGUUUAUUACUGUUACAGAUAAUGUUGCUCCCAUGAGCUCUGGUAUGUCUGUUUCAGAACUUCCAAAGAAGUACAUUUCUUCUUUGUGCUUAACGUCAUACGAUUCAGAAAGGAUAUAUUUAUUUUUUGAAUAAAAGAGAGAAGUCUUACUUGGAAUCUUGAAAUUAUUUUGCAAAAAAUGUGAUUUAUUCUGAAAGCCUACAUUGUGUAAUAAUUUUUUCAUUAAACGUUAGAU